AUGUCUUCUUCCAUCGCAUUACCGGGAGUCCUUUCCUCUCCUUCCUCCUCCUAUUCCUCUUCUUUAACCUCUCAACAGUACGAUAUAUUCUUAGGCUUUCGCGGUGAGGAUACCCGAAAUGGUUUUACUAGUCAUCUUUACUAUGCUUUGGAUCAAAAUGGAAUCAACACUUAUAAAGAUGAUGUGGAGCUGAGAAGAGGUGAAGAAAUUUCACCGGCACUUUUAAAGGCCAUUGAAGGGUCAAAGAUUUCGAUCGUUGUAUUUUCUGAAAACUAUGCGUCAUCUACUUGGUGUUUAGAUGAGCUUUUGAAGAUCCUAGAGCGUAAAGAAUCAAAGCAACAGAAGGUUCUACCGGUGUAUUACAAAGUCGACCCAUCGAUAGUUCGACACCAAAAAAAUAGUUUUGAAAACGCAUUGGCUAAACAUGAAGACAAGUUUAAGGAUGAUGCUAAAGUUCAGAGGUGGAAGACUGCCUUAAAACAAGCUGCCAAUCUAUCCGGUUUCCAUUUGAAGAUCAACGAGGACGAAUAUGAGUUUAUCCAGAAGAUUGUUCAAGAUGUGUCAACAAGCUUACCAAAUCGUUUUGACUUGUAUGUUGCCGAGAAUCCGGUGGGAAUACAGUCUCAUGUAAAUUAUGUUAUCAAGACGCUUUUAUGUAUUGAGGAGAAUGACAAACGCAUGAUAGGAAUCUUCGGCAGUGGUGGAAUUGGUAAAACAACUAUUGCAAAAGAGAUGUAUAACCUCAUUGCUAAGAAGUUUAAAGGCCGUUGUUUUCUUGCUGAUGUUAGAGAAUCUUCAAAACAAAAUCAAGGCCGUCUCGGACAGUUGCAAGAGAAAAUUCUUUCUAACAUUCUAAGAAAGCCACUAAGGGUUGAUGAUGAUCAUCAAGGAAUGGAAUUGAUAAGGAAAAGACUUUGCCAUAAAAAAAUUCUUUUGGUUCUUGAUGAUGUUGAUCAUUUGGACCAAUUAAAAAAAUUAUGUGGAACAUGCGAUUGGUUUGGUUCUGGGAGUCGAAUCAUCGUAACAACAAGGGAUAAGAGUUUGCUAACUAAGCAUAGUGUUAGUUUGAAUUAUCCUAUGACGGAAAUGGAUCACGAUGAAGCCCUUCAGCUCUUUACCCAGCAUGCCUUCAAAAGUGACAAACCUAUUGAUGGCUUUGAGGAUCUCAUAGAGGAUGCACUACGUUAUGCUCGUGGCCUUCCACUCGCUUUAAAAGUGGUAGGCUCAAAUCUAUAUGGAGAAGAUAGAAAUUAUUGGCAAAGUGAAUUGGAAAAGUACAAAACAAUUCCAGAUAAAAAUAUUGAUGAUAUACUCAAAAUAAGUUAUGAUGGAUUAGAUUAUUUUGCACGAAAGAUUUUCCUUGACAUUGCAUGUUUCUUCAAAGGAGAUAAGAAAGAAUAUAUCACUAAAAUAUUGGAAAGUUGUGGUUUCUAUCCGGAUGCUGGUAUCAAAAGGCUCAAUGAUAAAUGUCUCAUAACUAUUGAUGAAGAUGACCAAUUGGGGAUGCAUGACUUACUAUAAGAUAUGGGAAGAGAAAUUGUCCGACAAGAAUCACCUGAAGAACCUGGCGAGCGGAGUAGAUUAUGGUUUCCUGAAGAUGUUCAUGAAGUACUUGAAAAAAAUAAGGGAACAAAGCAUAUUGAAGGCAUAUUGAUAAAUCUGCCAGGGGGGACCACAUGACACGUAUGGGUUCUGAGGUGUUUGCAAAGAUGGAAAAAC